GCCGCCUCAUCCCAGCGUUAACCCCGGGAACACGGAGCGGGGAAACCGGGCCGGAACGAGGCGGGGCGAGGCGGAACGAGGCGGGGCCUUGUCGUCCUUCCCCGCAGCUCCCAGCCGGCACGGAGGUGGUUACCGGGUGCUGUGUGAGGGGAGACCAGGAGGAGGAGGAGGAAGGAGGAGGCGGCGGCGGCCCCACACGGCGCCAGAUCUUCUGAAUUUGGCUCCUGAUUAAAGCUGACAGAUAAUGGAAACAUUUCCUCGGCGAUGUCUCUGGGGCGACUCCUCCGACGUGCCUCCUCUAAAGCUUCUGACCUCCUGACCCUGAAUCCUGGUGGCAGCAGCACUUCAUCUUCUGUACUCGAUGGGGAGAUCAUCUACUCCAAGAACAAUGUCUGCGUCCACCCACCUGAGCUGCUGCAGGGCAUCGGGGAGCACCACCCAGGCUAUUUGUGCCUGUACAUGGAGAAGGAUGAGCUGCUUGGCACCACACUCAUCCUUGCCUGGGUCCCAAACUCACGCAUCCAGAGGCAGGAUGAAGAAGCCCUGCGCUACGUCACUCCUGAGAGCUCCCCGGUCCGCAAAGCUCCCCGCAAACGAGGCCGUCACGCUCAGGGAUUCAGCGCUGCUCAGCAGGCUUCUCCCAACGAGUCAAAAGGGACAGUGGUCCUGAAGGAAGACAUCUUGACUGUGUCACAGCUCGUGAAGGACGGGGCUGACAUCAAUUCCCCUUCUUUGGAUGGGGAGAAGCUGCCCCAGAGCUGUGUGGCAGCAGAUGGUGCCCACCAGUCCCCACAACCUGCCCGCAGCGACUCAGGAAUCCUAUCGACAAUCAGCUCUCAGGAUGAGCAGAACAGGUCAGAGCUGUCAGUGGAGGAAGGGCUGGACUGCAGGCCAGAGACAGGGGAGGACGAGGGCUCCCUGGAGCUGUUUGCUGAUGAUGUGAGCAGGGACAGUACUUUUGACUCUGAUUCUGAUGCCUUCUCUUCCCCAUUCUGCCUCUCUCCCAUUAGCGAAGCCCUUGUGAAAAGCAGUAGUUCUGUGUUUCUGGAUAAUGAAAGCAGGGACACAGGUGAUGACCACGUGCCACGUUCCUACUGCUGCACAGAGAGCCCCAAUAGCAGCACCCAGAGCCCAGGGAGCAGCGGGCGAGCACAGGGUGAGGAGCAGCAAAAGGUGGGAGCCCUGGAGCAGAUCUGCGGAGUCUUCAGAGUGGACCUGGGACAAAUGAGAUCCCUGCGCCUUUUCUUUAGUGACGAGGCAUGCACCUGUGGGCAGCUGGUAGUCGCCAGCCGGGAGAGCCAGUACAAGAUCUUCCAUUUUCACCACGGAGGCCUGGAUAAAGUGUCAGAGGUGUUCCAGCAGUGGAAGUACUGCACCGAGACCCACCUGAAGGAGCAGGUAGCGGGCAAGCUCUCUGAUGAGAAGACGUGCAUGCAGUUCUCCAUCCGUCGGCCCAAGCUGCCCUCAUCAGAGACGCACCCAGAGGAGAAUACAUACAGGCGCCUGGAUGUGUCAGCAUGGCUCAGCCACCUGAACCACUGUGGGCAGGUGGAGGAGGAGUACAAGCUGCAGAAGGCCAUUUUCUUCGGUGGGAUCGACAUGUCCAUCCGUGGGGAAGUGUGGCCUUUCCUGCUGCGCUACUACAGCUAUGAGUCCACCUCUGAGGAGAGAGAGGCACUGAGGGUGCAGAAGAGGAAGGAAUACUUUGAGAUCCAGGAGAAGAGGCUUUCCAUGUCUCCAGAUGAGCAGAAGGAUUUCUGGCGCAAGGUGCAGUUCACUGUAGAUAAGGAUGUAGUGAGGACUGACCGCAGCAACCAGUUCUUUCGAGGAGAAAACAACCCCAAUGUGGAAACAAUGAGGAGGAUCUUGCUGAACUAUGCAGUGUUUAACCCAGCAAUUGGGUAUUCCCAAGGCAUGUCUGACCUGGUCGCCCCAAUCCUGGCAGAGGUUCUGGAUGAGUCGGAUACUUUUUGGUGCUUUGUGGGAUUGAUGCAGAACACCAUCUUCAUCAGCUCACCCCGGGAUGAGGACAUGGAGAAACAGCUGAUGUACCUGCGGGAGCUGCUGCGGCUCAUGCACCCACGUUUCUAUCAGCACCUUUCUGCCCUGGGGGAGGACGGCCUGCAGAUGCUCUUCUGUCACCGCUGGAUCCUUCUCUGUUUUAAACGGGAGUUCCCCGAUGCUGAGGCUCUGCGCAUGUGGGAAGCGUGCUGGGCACACUACCAGACAGACUACUUCCACCUCUUCAUCUGUGUGGCCAUCGUGGUGAUUUAUGGGGAUGAUGUCAUUGAACAGCAGCUGGCCACCGAUCAGAUGCUGCUGCAUUUCGGCAACCUGGCUAUGCACAUGAAUGGAGAGCUCGUACUCAGGAAGGCGAGGAGCCUGCUCUAUCAGUUCCACCUGCUGCCCCGCAUCCCCUGCAGUCUACACAACCUGUGCCAGCUGUGUGGGACGGGGAUGUGGGACAGCGGCUUCAUCCCUGCGGUGGAAUGCUCUGGUCACCACCCUGCGGCCGAGGGCUGCCCCUAUGGGGGGCUGGUGGAGGAAUCUUCUCCUAAGCCGGGAGGUGAAGGCAGGAGAGGAGUGAAAACACACGACAUCUUCAGCUUCCGAAAAUAGCUGGAGAGGAACAGGGCGCGCCGGAGGAAGAGGGAAGGGCAGGAAGGAUGUGCAGAGGAAAAAUGUAGAGGACAAAAAUGGACGGGUGGCUUGUCAAGGCUCCAGAGAGGACUGGAAGGGGGAGAAUGGAAGAGGGUUGGAAUCUGUCUGCAGGAGAAUGCUGCUGCACGAGUGGAGGAACCGGAGCGAAACGCACCCGACCAGGAGCAGCGUUUGCACGUGCUUGGAUUUGAUUUCCUUAGGAACACAAAGUGUUCGUAGGUCUUUACAAGAACCUCUUUACUCUGCCUCUGGGACUGGACUGGUUAGGAACCAGAAGUUGUACCUUGCUGAUGAGAAGCACGGACACUAAUGAGAGCCGAGUGCCCCCAGCUGUGUGUGUGGCUGGGGGGGGGGGGGCAGGGCCCUGCAACAUCCCUGCACCCCAAACAUACGUGCUUCAACCAGCACAAUGCCACUCGGUGGCUUCUCUCUAAAGCCACAACCAUCAUUUUAAUUACAAUCUGCCAAAAAGAAACCUGCAGACCAUUGGGACUGCAGGGAACGAAUCUACUUUGUUGGUGAGGAAGAGCCGGUUACCUGAAGGCCAUCUCUUGCUCCCUCUGUUUUUACAUAGCAUGAAUCUUCUCCUUUUGUACAGCCACGGGUCUGACAGCACUGCUUUCUGUAGUCAGGGUAUUUCAUAGACACCUGUCGGAGUUUACUUCUUUGUGACAUUACAGCGAAGCUGCUGCUUUACGCUGCCGGCCACAGACUUCAGACCCUUGUUUAUGGAAUUCUGUUGUUUCCAGUGUGUUUCCAACGUGCUCCCUUUGGCUCUUCCCAACGACUGAAUAUUUUCUGUCCUUAUCUGGUUUUGCCAUAGGCACGUGGGGCGGACCCAGCGCUCUUCCCCAUCCCGAAAGGAAAACAAAACUUGGUUUGUUGCAGUUGUUUUUUUGCUGAGCUGUCUUUGGUCAUCGUUUCCCUUGAAGUAUUUUUGGAAGGACAGCGUGUUUCCAUCGCUGCCUUCUGUAAGAUCUGCCAACUGGAAGCUGUGCUGGGGCUUUGAGUGCAGCCAAAUAGGAAACAUCCUUACCAAAUCCACUGGCAGCCAAAGGUGUGUCCUGAGCCAAAGCUGGUGCCAAGCAGAGCCUGGGGAAAGCUUCCUGCUGCCACCCGAUGUCCCACAGUGGAUUUCAGACAUCUGCAGCACGAUGGUCCCAGUGCUGGCUGCUGGUAACUCACGGUGCCUCUAUUAAAUCCACACUAAGUGUCCAUA